GAUCAAUUCUAGUGUGAUUGUAUGCAUGUAAGUCGCAUUGCAACUGAUAGACGAAUUGCGGGAUUUGCCGUUUAAACUAAACUAAUUAUUACUUAAAAUAUUUAGUUGUACAAAUGUUAUCAAGUCACAAGUCAUGAUUUUCAAUUUUAUGAUUAACCGAUUUUCUAAGAACUGCUCAAAUAGAUUCUGGGAAAGUUAUAAAAUUUAAAGUAUAUCACUUUCACUAAAGAUUAUAUCCUUGGAUGAAAUGGUGCUAACAUUGCUGGUAUGAGAUGUAAUGAGUAAUGUUUACCAAAAACAUACUAUCGCUGCAGUGUCUACUGUUGGCAUUGCCUCUUUGUGCUGCCGGUAAGUAGUUGAUACAUGUAAAUUGUCAAUUUUAAUAUCAGUUAUUGUUCAGUUUUAAACAGGCCGCACAACACCCUUAAAUAUAUGCUGCUAGACGAUAAUGAUUUCACUGGGUUUAAUAACGCUCCAACAGAAGACAGUAGUUAAUGUCCUGCUUUGCCUUUGUUGAUCCCCCACAAGUUGCCUAUACGCGGAUCUGUCUCACAGGAAAAACAGGUUUUUCCAACUAGACUAGGCCAGUAGCAUUACAAAUGCGUACUUCAGUUUUGCCGUACUGCUUGCUCUUUAAACUAACAGUACGCAAACAUUUUGUAAUGUAUAAGAAUGUGGAAAGUAUUACGUAUUUUCUGUUGAGAAAUUAAAGUGCCAGUGAUUUCCGCUGAUGCACUUCUAUUUACAUUUUUAUCAUUCCAGAUUUUUGAGGCUAGAACCAUGUUAUGUCUCAUCGGGCGCGAGACUUGUUUCAACUGAUAACUGACAAUGGGCCAAUGCCACAGAAUAAAGAUCAGCCAAUGCGCUGAAAGGGCAUGUAUAUGAUGCACUAGUAGGGCCAUGUAAUGGUGCUAUGCAUAUAUCGCUGUCUGAUUUUCAAAACAAAUAAUAUCACCGGUUGAAUUUGAAAACGCUGUCAAACGUUGGGAUUUUGCUUUAACAGUACACGCGUACAGUACAUGUCGCGGCCACAAUUUAUACAGCCGAGUUCGUUUGGCGUCAAAUAUCGUUAAUAUAUUUUUAAUGACGCCAGUUCAACGCAAUGUCACCUGUCAGAAUUUACUUUAUCUCAUUCGUGGUGACAAACUGAAAGUCUAAAUAUUCCUUAGCUUGGUUGAAUAUAAUAGAAUUGUGAUAUCACGCUGUGUCUGAUAAUUAUCCCAGCGUGAUAUCACUAUUACUUGGAAACACCAAUACCAAGAAAUAGAUAGACGACGUGAUAUGUGAUAUCAUGUUUCAUAAUAGUCGACAAUAACGGAAGUGAAUAUUCCAAUACCUAGCAGCCUUUUUCCGAGUAAUCAAACAAUAGGGCCAUCAUGGAAUUGCAUUUUUACAUUCCACACGGUCUAGUAUGUUUUCGGCCCAUAAACAACAAGAUUAGGGUACAAACUGAAAGUCUAAAUAUUCCUUAGCUUGGUUGAAUAUAAUAGAAUUGUGAUAUCACGCUGUGUCUGAUAAUUGUCCCAGCGUGAUAUCACUAUUACUUGGAAACACCAAUACCAAGAAAUAGAUAGACGACGUGAUAUGUGAUAUCAUGUUUCAUAAUAGUCGACAAUAACGGAAGUGAAUAUUCCAAUACCUAGCAGCCUUUUUCCGAGUAAUCAAACAAUAGGGCCAUCAUGGAAUUGCAUUUUUACAUUCCACACGGUCUAGUAUGUUUUCGGCCCAUAAACAACAAGAUUAGGGUACAAACUGAAAGUCUAAAUAUUCCUUAGCUUGGUUGAAUAUAAUAGAAUUGUGAUAUCACGCUGUGUCUGAUAAUUGUCCCAGCGUGAUAUCACUAUUACUUGGAAACACCAAUACCAAGAAAUAGAUAGACGACGUGAUAUGUGAUAUCAUGUUUCAUAAUAGUCGACAAUAACGGAAGUGAAUAUUCCAAUACCUAGCAGCCUUUUUCCGAGUAAUCAAACAAUAGGGCCAUCAUGGAAUUGCAUUUUUACAUUCCACACGGUCUAGUAUGUUUUCGGCCCAUAAACAACAAGAUUAGGGUACAAACUGAAAGUCUAAAUAUUCCUUAGCUUGGUUGAAUAUAAUAGAAUUGUGAUAUCACGCUGUGUCUGAUAAUUGUCCCAGCGUGAUAUCACUAUUACUUGGAAACACCAAUACCAAGAAAUAGAUAGACGACGUGAUAUGUGAUAUCAUGUUUCAUAAUAGUCGACAAUAACGGAAGUGAAUAUUCCAAUACCUAGCAGCCUUUUUCCGAGUAAUCAAACAAUAGGGCCAUCAUGGAAUUGCAUUUUUACAUUCCACACGGUCUAGUAUGUUUUCGGCCCAUAAACAACAAGAUUAGGGUUCGGUCUGGUUUCACGCGUUUAUCCAUUUAACAGUAUAUGUCAGCAUACAUAACAAAUGUUCUAAGAAAAGUAUACAUGGGGAAAAUCAGGAGUAAAAUUAAAGGCGGUAAUGAAUGAUGAUUUCAUGGUUAAAAAUUACGGAUUUUAAGGGCGAUUCUGAAAAGUCUGUCAUUUUAAAAAUUUCUAGUAUAUAUUCAAUUUCACUCUAUUGCCGUGUUUUCACGUUCCUUUUUAAUUUAAACCACUCUCGCCUGUAUUCUAAAAGCUCACUCACACUCAAUCCGGCUCACACUCAAAGAAUGGAGGUUCAAUCUGAGCUUUCCUUGAGUGUCUGUGCUGUUUUUGACUAGCAGGAGGGCUAAUCUCGUACCUUACCAUGUGACUACUCACCCUCCAGCUAUUCAAAAACAGCACUGAUAGUCAAGGGAAGCUCAGAUUGAAUCUCCACUCUUUGAGUGUGAGUGAGCUUUUAGAAUUUAGAAUACAGGCGUGAAUCAUGAGUGGUUGAAAACAUGGUUACAGAAAACUGACGGGAGUAGGAAAUUGCGAUUAACCAUGGCGCGAUAACGGGUUUUAUAACUCACUACAGGAUUCUGUAUAUAAUAAUGUAAUAUAUUUAGUCAUGUACGCAUGUAAUCAUGAUCGUAUAGUAAAUAGACUCUGGCCUCAAAUUGAUAAUAAUGGAUAUCGCGGCAAUAAGAAUUAUUAAUCGGGACUGCCUCCUCCGCAGGCUCUUAUUGUGGCACAUUUUAGUGACACUAUGCUGCGAUGCACUUAAGUGAUGGGAUGUGCAAUAAACUAAUCAUACACCCCCACCCUGUACUGGAGCUCACUUGAAGCGACUACUGGGAACGAGGCAGUAAUUGGGGGUCUAAUUAUCACCUGUGGCUUUGUUUAACUAUAGGAGAAUGUGAUGGAACAAAAAUAAGUGAAAGGAUAAAAGAAACACAAUCUAAAUAUGUAUAUGUCUUUCCCGGUAAUCAGGCCAUUAUCAACUGGACAUGGUGCAGUGCGGUGAACAGCACAAUUACUGGUAUUGUUAUUUACAGAGUGUCCCGGGUAAAUUCACGAAUACUUCUGAAUCAUCUAUUGUCAAUGGAUCUAUCAAAGACUGUACACUAUCUUAAAGACAACUCAAGGCAUGAACUCUGCAGCGUCGAGAAUAAAACGAGUUUUGAAGAGAAAACAGUUUUCAUUAUCAACAAUGUAACCAAAGCAGAUAGUGGUGCAUACAGCUUACACAUUCGGAGAGAAGGAGACAGUGAUCUCCAAAGUGAAGUCAAAGUUGUUAUUAAAACAACCGGUAAGCCCGAAUUUAGUAAACAUGUCCCUCGUUUGCCGGAAUGGUAUGGAAGGUAGAAUGAUUUUGAUGCAUUACACUAAGCCACGAUUCUAAAUUUUGAUAUUGUCUCAACUAAGGAGUACCAAUAAUAAUAUUUUAGUAUCCAUGUGGUUUAUUUCAAUUAAUGCAUAAAAUUAUCCUGUCAUGUCUCCCGUCCCGGCAAAGCACCUGCUUCUUACGUAUAUAUCACAAGGGUUUUUAUUCCGGGCCUUAGACGACCCUGGCAAAUUUGUCCGUCGAUACAUUGUUAUCCAUGCACUCUGUGUUUGAGAAUGGCUGACAGUGUGAAGUCGGUCAAAUGCCUAAUAUACAGGGAAAAACGUAUUCCGGUAUACAGGUACUAUUAAGAGUAAUCCACAGUUUGGAGUGCAAAAUUUAGGGAAUCAAAUCUUUACUGGAUUAACAUGCAGGAAAGGCAAAUUCCUAUCUUCUCUGGGAAUUUAUUACAAUAAUUACACCCUGAUACUUAACUUUAACUUCAUUUAAAAUUUAGACCCCACAGAAGAACUGCCUUUGACCACACCAUGGAAUGAAGCAACAAAAUUAGUCUGGACUAACAAUACAGAUCUUCAAUCCGAUCAUCAAAAGAGGAAGAACAAGCAUUUUGCAAUCUUAGUAAUAGUGUCAACAAUUGUAGUUUCGUUGCCGUUGGGUGUAAUUAUGACGAUUGCUUUAAUAUUGUGUAUAAAAAGGAAGAGAAAUCUUAAAAGAAGUUUCGAACCUUCUGAUCAGUCCGCCUUGGUAAAGGAAGAGUAUGUUUAAUUGACUUUAGAUGUUGAGUUAAAAAUACACUGUAUGAAAUGUUUAUACUCAAUUGGGAGUUUGUUAUCUUUAGAGAAUGGUAUUUUGAUCCAUGCAUACGUAUACAUAUAAUUUUAGUUUAGAAGUUGUAUAUAGUUUUUGCCAUAAUAUAACAUUGUGCAAUUUUAAAAUAGUUUUUGCCAUAAUAUAACAUUGUGCAAUUUUAAAAUUUUGACUGUAUAUGCUGUAUAUACUGUACAUAUGUAGUAUAAUUAAUUGCAG